UUAAUCCGGGCAGGGAUGACAUCAUUACCGGGGGAGAGGUGGAGGGCGCCGGGUAACGCCAUUUUCACGCACCGCGCAGUCGGCCAGUCAGCCAGCCAGCCAGCCAGCCAGCCAGCGAGCCAGCGGACCGGGGGGAGCUGUCAUCUUCAUGGGCUACUAGUCAACUUCUUUUCUCUCCAGCCUCAUGAAGCCGCUUUCGAGUUAGUUUCACGGACGCUGCUCCCGCCAUGGAAGCGAAGGAGAGCAGGCUUUUCCUAAACGGCUCCGACUAAAGCCAGUGUUUUGACAGUUAAGCUAUGGAGCUAGCUGGUCAUCAUUAACGGCGGUUGAUGCGGUGAAGCCCAGCGUCCUAACUAUCUAACUAACUACCCGGGGGGGACAGUUUGGAAAUUUUAUUUUUUUUUUAUCAACGCCCACGUAACUGCUGCAUUUUUACGGUUAUCGGCACACGUUGUCGCUUAAAGGAGGAACACAUCCAUCUCAUAAAAACGUGAUUUAGAGAGUAAAGAGGCGAGAAAACCGAGCGAUACAUCGGCAACGGAUGUCCUAGAGAACGGAUGCGUGAGGACAUGUCCACCAUGGUGUGCGUGAAGGAGGAGGAGGAUCCCGGGGAGAAGCUGUCCCAGGAUGAGAUCAUCUCCCGGACCAAACAGGUGAUCCAGGGGCUGGAGGCCCUGAAGCAGGAGCACCACUCCAUCCUGGAGGGCCUGCUGGGCACGCUGCGCUGCCUGAAGCAGGACGAGGAGGGAGUCCUGGUGGAGGAGAAGUCCCACAUGAUCCGCAAGUCCCUGGAGAUGCUGGAGCUCGGGCUCAGCGAAGCGCAGGUGAUGAUGGCGCUGUCGAGCCACCUGAGCUCGGUGGAGUCGGAGAAGCAGAAGCUGCGGGCUCAGGUACGCCGGCUGUGCCAGGAGAACCAGUGGUUGAGGGACGAGCUGGCUGGGACGCAGCAGAAACUGCAGAAGAGCGAACAAAGCGUGGCCCAGCUGGAGGAGGAGAAGAAGCACCUGGAGUUCAUGAACCAGCUGAAGAAGUACGACGAAGACCUGUCCCCCUCUGAGGAGAAGGACUCUGACUCCAGUAAAGAGACUCUGGAUGAUCUCUUCCCAGAUGACCAGGACGACCAAGCCCCAGGCAUUCAGCCGGCUCAUGGCAGCGCUGCGGCAGCGGCCGCCCAGCAGGGAGGCUAUGAGAUCCCGGCCCGACUGAGGACCCUCCACAACCUGGUGAUCCAGUACGCCUCCCAGGGCAGGUACGAGGUGGCUGUGCCCCUCUGCAAACAGGCCCUGGAGGACCUGGAGAAGACCUCUGGACACGACCACCCGGAUGUGGCCACCAUGCUCAAUAUCCUAGCCCUCGUUUACAGGGAUCAGAACAAAUAUAAGGAGGCAGCCAACCUACUGAAUGAUGCUCUGGCCAUCAGGGAGAAAACUCUCGGCAGGGACCAUCCAGCUGUCGCCGCCACCCUCAACAACCUGGCCGUCCUGUACGGGAAAAGAGGGAAGUACAAGGAAGCAGAGCCGCUGUGCAAGAGAGCACUGGAGAUCAGAGAAAAGGUGCUGGGGAAGGACCACCCAGAUGUGGCCAAGCAGCUGAACAACCUGGCCCUGCUGUGCCAGAACCAGGGCAAGUACGAGGAGGUGGAGUACUACUACAUGAGAGCGCUGGAGAUCUACCAGACCAAACUGGGCCCCGACGACCCCAACGUGGCCAAGACAAAGAACAACCUGGCAUCCUGUUACUUGAAGCAGGGAAAGUUCAAGCAGGCUGAGACUCUUUACAAAGAAAUCCUCACCCGCGCUCACGAGAGGGAGUUCGGCUCUGUCGAUGAUGAGAACAAACCAAUAUGGAUGCACGCUGAGGAGAGAGAGGAACAAAGCAAGGGGAAGCAGAAGGACGGUUCACCAUUUGGAGAAUAUGGAGGCUGGUACAAAGCCUGCAAAGUCGACAGCCCCACAGUGACCACCACCCUGAAGAACCUGGGCGCCCUCUACAGGCGGCAGGGCAAGUUUGAGGCAGCUGAGACUCUGGAGGAAGCUGCCAUGCGUUCCAGAAAGCAGGGUCUGGACAAUGUGCAUAAGCAGCGUGUGGCUGAGGUCCUGAGCGAACCGGAGGCCCGUGAGAAGCAGCGAAGCCGCGAGAGUUUGACCUCUGACACGGUGAAGUACGAGAGCGGGCCAGACGGUGGCGAGGAAGUGAGUAUGAGCGUGGAGUGGAACGGGGACGGCUCCGGCACUCUGAAGAGGAGCGGCUCCUUCAGUAAACUGCGAGCGUCGAUCCGCCGCAGCAGCGAGAAACUCGUCCGCAAGCUGAAAGGCGGCGGCUCGUCACGAGACAGUGAGCCCAAAAACCCCGGCAUGAAGCGAGCCAGCUCACUGGGGGUUCUUAACGUGGCGGACAAGGCUGCGAGUGACCACUACCAAGAACGAAAUAAUCGUCUGAGCAAAAGUCGCGACCUGAGUGCCAGCCACACCGACUUGGCGCGUUGAAGGUUUUUUUCGACGCCCGGAAGAGGUGAAGGACGAAGGCUUUUCCAUCAUCGUCCGUCAGAACUUCACACUCUCCUCGCUGUAAAUAGCUGUUUGUGAAAAACUUCAUGUGUCCGCCAUUAUACUUCAGCAUCACACCACUGUACAGGUUUUAAUCUUUCAUUGCACUUUUGAAGGUUUGUGCUCUUAGAUGGGGAUUUGUGGUGGGUUUUUUUUGUAUCAAUACAUAUCGUGGAACAGGAAGAAUAUAAACAUACAGUGGCCUGCUGUGUGUUUUUGGUUUAAGUGUGUAAAUCUUUUCUGUCUACGUGUGUGUGCGUGUACUGUAUGUUAGCGUGUGCUGUGGUUGAGUGCCCAUGUGAGUAAUUACCCUCGAAGACUUUUUAAUAUUUAAUGCUACGCUGUCGCUUGAAUGAAGGCAGAUGCAGAGCGGAGUUUUAGUUUCACAAACAUUUCUGAUAUAGAGACAAAAAUGAGUCUCAUUGGUCGAGUUUAACUGUAGUGGAUGAAUCCAAAGAAAUACAGAGCUCAAGUUCACUGUGACAGUCUUGAAUGAUAAAAAUAGAGCUCAGCUUUUUAGCACAGUAAUUAAAAAAGGAACCCUACAUUAAACAAAUCACAAACAGUAUAUUUAAUUAAGUGUCCAACUGUCUCUGAAUUUUACUUGAACUUCAAAAACUACAUAUUAUUAUGUUUCAGAGUUUGCUGCAAUGCAACAUAAAAUGUAUUUCAUAAGUAGUAAACUGACUCACAACUAAACGAGUAAAUCUAAAAGUGGUUACAGAUUAACAUGAUAAUCAGACUGCAUAGGAAAGUCCUAACGUCACUUCACCGCUAACUGCUAACCCGUUAGCUUCUGUAACUUUCUGAAAAAGUAAAACGUGUUUAUGGAGUUGAGCAUCCAUAAGAUAAAUGUGUAUCUAUUAUAUCUAUUACACUACUUGCAAUUAGAAGUUGGACCCUUUGUGAACUUCACAAAGUUAAAUAAUGAUUCAAUUGUUAGUGUAUAAAACCUGUUGUUGUACAGCCAUGUCUGAACUAGCUGUGGCAGCUUGACUCA